ACUCGUUCCUAUCUCUUCUUUGAUCACCAAGCAACAUUUUUCACUGAAUCAGCUUCAAGUGUCCAACAUCGUUAGAACGCGGCGCUCUUAUGAGGUUGACUUACAGUUAUAAAGGGCUUGAGAAAUCUUCCUUGUCAGUGUAGUCUGAAGUUUCCCACCAUCAGGAACACUUCACGCAAAAUGGACGGUUUCUGGUUGUCACUUGGUGCCAUUUUCGUCUUGGCACUUGCUGCAUCCUGUAAUGCGCAGUACGUGUACGCUACGGUGGAGCAGGGUGAACUGGAAGGCGAGCUCCAGCAGACCAUACUGGGGACCACCUACCGCCGAUUCAUCGCCGUUCCGUUCGCUGAGCCGCCCGUCGGGGAGCUGCGGUUCGCGAGGUCUCGGCCGCCAGCCAGCUGGGAAGGCGUCCGCAGGGUGCAGCGCGACUUCCCGGUGUGCCUGCAGGCGGGCGGCGGCUCCGAGGACUGCCUCUACCUGAACGUGUUCGUGCCCCACGAGGCGGCCACCAACGCUAGCGAGCCGCUGCCCGUGCUCGUCUGGAUCCCAGGGGGCGGCUACGAAGCUGGCGGCGGCACUCAGGCCGACUUCGGCCCGGACUUCUUCUUAGAGCACGGCAUCAUCGUGGUCACCAUCAACUACCGGCUCGCCGCGUUCGGUUUCCUGAGCUUGGAGGAUGAGGUGAUACCAGGCAACGCAGGCCUCAAGGACCAGCAGAUGGCGCUGCAGUGGGUGCAGCGCAACAUUGCGGCCUUUGGUGGCGACCCUGCCAGGGUCACCAUUGGAGGCGAGAGCGCCGGCGGUUGCUCCGCCUCGCACCACUUCAUCUCUCCACAGUCUGCGGGUCUGUUCCGCGGGGUGAUCAUCCAGAACGGGCAGUCGGUGUCGCCGUGGGGGAUCUUCCCCAACGCCCGCGACAUGGCCUUCCGACUGGGCGCUCUGCUCGGCCUGCAGACCAACGACUCCCAGGAGCUGGCGGCCUUCCUCAGGGCGCAGGAGGCCAGCGACCUCGUCGACCGCGGCAACGAGAUCCUCACUGACGACGAGAAGGUGAAGCUAUCGCAUCUGGCCUUCGCUCCGGUUGUCGAACCAGAGGUGGAAGAUGCUUUUGUGAGAGAGCACCCCAUCACUGUACUCAAAGAGGGUCGCUUCAACAAGGUGCCGGUUCUCACUGGAGUCGACUCGGGCGAGGGCGUUCUCUUCAUAUUCCGUGACGGCUACCUGACAGACCCGGAAGUCCUGAGGACGUUCAACGAGAAGUUCGAGGUAGCCACGGCGCCGGACAUCCAUCUUCCAACGGAGGAGGAGCGGAUAAACGCCACGUGGCUGCUGCACGACUUCUACUUUGGGGAAGGAGACAUCACGCUAGACGAUGCGCAGUCGCUUGUCGAUCUAGCGACUGACCAGCACUUCGCAGAGCCGACAGACUCUCUGGUGAGAUACGUGUCACAGCUGUCCGACCAACCAGUAUUCUACUACCUCUUCGACUACCGUGGCGCCAAUGCAAGCGACGCCAUUUACGGUACUCCACACGCAGCAGAAAUAGCGUUUAUUUUCCACAGAAACGACAGUGCAAUAGAAUGGGAACCAGGGACAGUAGAAGGUGACCUUAGCCAAAGAAUGGUGAACAGCUGGAGCAGUUUCAUCAAAUAUGGAGAUCCAAACUACGCUAACGACAGCGUCGUGUGGGAGCCUUUCAGUGUGUCGUCGACAAACUACUUGUACAUCACGACGGACUACGAGCUGAGGCAGAACAAAGACCAGGAGCGCAUGGACUUCUGGCACGAGAACAUUCCUAUGUAAAAUGAAGACCUGAUAGUUUUCAGCACUCAACGAGUUCGUCCGAAAGAUCACUAACUGAUGACUCUUAUUUACAACACAAUGGGAGAUGCGAUUGACAGAUUUUCCAAAUGUUACAUUGUUUUCGAAGAGUGUCUCAGAAUAUAUAACUUACUAAGAACGUACUGUGAAUAAAAAUUGAAUUACUAUGAUAUGGAA